UUACUUGGACGCCCUACCCAAACAACACAGGCAGCAGGACAAAUUGUUGUUGGAAAUAUGUUUACGAUAUGACCGACAGGUUGUAUUGAUUUAUUUAAACACUUGAAUGCUGUGUUUCGGAAAUGACACAGGUCGGAGCAGCAAAUUUUAAAACUCAAUGAGAUGUUGUAAGAGCACGGCGGCGACCAGCAUUAGCAAACGUUAGCAAGCUGUCAGAUGCUAGCCGAGGAAGCUAACCGGUAGCGCGUUGAACAAGUUAUUUUAGAGAAGCUCCUUUAUUUGUCGGAGGGUAACGUCACACCGAACACUUUGUUCGUGUAUUAUUUGUAUGGUAAAGAAUCCAAAAACCGAUGUGUUUUUAUCUGUUUGCACCAUUGCCUGGUUGAAAUUUAAGCUAGCAAAAGGACAUUAAGUUAGCUUAGCUCCGCUCCGUAAACUUAACAUCUACCAAACUGGACAAAACAUUGGAUUUAGUGGGGUUUAAAUCGGGCUCGGCGGGUUCGCUGACCCCUCAAAAGAAGAUGAAGAAGAGGAAGGAGCUCAAUGCUUUGAUUGGUCUCGGGGACAGCAAGAGGAAGAAGACCAAAAAGGGCUCCGGUCACCGACUUCUCCGAACCGAGCCUCCGGACUCGGAGUCGGACUCGAGUUCCGACGAUGACGAGUUCAACGGCAUGAACGGCGGAGUCAACUUUGGGAAAAGAAGCUACACACAGUGCUGCAAUGUGUGCUAUCCCUUGUUUCUGUUCAUCAUAUUAGCUGCCUGUGUCAUGGCCUGUGCUGGGCUCAUAUGGAUGCAGAUUGCUCUGAAAGAAGAUUUGGACUCCCUGAAAGAAAAGCUGCACAGCAUGGAAUCCAGCCAGAAGGUUUCGUCAAGUGAAAUACCAAAAUUAAGCGAGGACCUGAAAAACAAGGAGAGACAGCUUGAUGAUAUUGAGAACGGGGGCAGAGGCCUGAACAAACUCUGGUCCAAUCUGACAGAAAUGAACCGAAAGAUCAGUUUGCUGGACUCUGCUGUAAACCAUUUAAAGGCCAACUUGAAAUCCGCUGCUGAUUUAAUUAGCCUUCCAACAACAGUAGAAGAGCUUCAAAAGAGUGUUGCUACAAUUGGGAGCACGCUUACAAGUGUACAACACGAUGUGAAGACUAUGCAGGCUGCUCUUGAAACUCAGAAGAAAGAUGACGACUUGAAGGAGACAGUGGACAUAACAGACCUGAGAAAAGCCAUGAGUGAGGUUAACAAGACAGAGGAGCAGCACCACACAUGGACUGAUGAGCAGAUCCACAUCCUCCUCUCUACAGUGGCAGAUCUUCAUCAGAGAGUGGCCUCAUUAGAGAACGGCUCAAAACAAAGCUUGAACAACAAUGACCCAGCACCUGAAGCGGCAGUCAGCAGUGAAAGUCCAGCAACUGAAGCUACAACAACCAAAGCAACACUGGGGGAUGUGCAGGAGAUCUCCACCCCGCUGACAGAGCCACAGGCGAGCAGGCAUCCUCCCUUUUUAACUGCAAACCGCUCGAAGAGACAUAUUUGGACAAAAUGUCCAAAGACGGUGUCACUGCCUGGCAUCGGUUCUCUGACAGACUUGGAACGCAUGUUCCAGCAGACAGAUGCUGAACAAAAUUCAUGGAGUCUGACCUACGAGGACCUGAGGGAAAUAUUUGGAACAUCAACACCCAGCCAUCGUAUCGUCAAGUGCUUUGACACUGACGGGGAUCAGAAGUAUUCGCUGAAGGAGCUGAGAGCUGCUUUAGGUUUGUGAGCACAUCAUCAUCACCGAGAGCAGUGAACAGUAUUGAAUACCCAGCAGGGUCUGUGGGGUUUGGGGUUUCCGCCUCUUUUCUGUAAUUGCUGCACUUUCCUGAACUGAAUAUUUAUCAUACUGAUUGUGGAAAAAGUGACACUGACAUUCCCCGUACUCGCUCCCCAUCCUCGAGUCCAUUUCAACCCAGUGUCAGCCCCAAAGCAUCUUAAAUUUUAACAGCAAUCCAAAUGAGUAUCUGUAUAUAGAACAUCCAGCUCCUAUGUUAACAAAUGGCUCGGUUUAUAUUAUUAAUCCAUAAAAAAUAAGUGUGAAUUAUUUUGACUCUCAGGCUUUACCCUGAAUCUUAAGACUUGCAGUGUUCAUGUACUUGUCUUUAUUUGUUGGUUGGUUUGUUCGUUCCUUGGACCACCUGUCUCAUCUUGAUGUAAAGUUUAUUGUGUAUUUAGCUUUUACUGAGGCUGUAACUGUCAGUGUAUAGCAGACUUUCCUCCUGCCGGCACCUGGUACAACUCACGUAAACUUUAUUUAUAGAACAUGAGAUAGAAUUUUAUGAAUGUUUACAAAUGACUACUAUAAACAGCUUUGUGAGGCUUUUGUUUUGGUUUUAGACGAUUUCCUAACUUCUCCAAAAACAUACUUUUGUAUGCUCUUUUCUAAGCUGGAUACAAGUUUGAUUGUUCCCCCUCCUCAUUUACCUUAUUCAGAUGGUUUGGAUCAUGUAUAUUAUCCAUCUGUACAUGUAUAUCUAGUGACUGUGGUUCUGUUUUAUGCAUUUUCCUGAUGUUUUGCAGAUUUGAAGGGCUACGAACACUUAAAGUCACUUAAAAGAUUUUUAAAGCAGUAACUCAUGAGGCAUAUGUAGCAAUAACAAAAUGAUUUAGAUGUUACCUGUGUAGAAUUGCAGUGGAAAGGCAGAAGACAUAGCUCACAAUAUGUAACAGGUAGUAUAAGAAGCACUGAUCGUCACUCUGGACUUGACUCAUUUUAUGCCAUUUAAAUGGCCUAAUAAUGUUGUACUUACAUCAUAAAUUUGUCAUAUUCAGACUUUGUUGUAUGCUGUAAAAAAUGUAUUCUAAUCCAGUUACCUUGUAAAGGGGGUUGGGAUGAUAAAAAAAAAAUUGCUUUACAGACAUAAUCCAACAUGUUGCAUUUUUUAAUUCUGUUGUGCUUUGCAUGUUCCUUUUUAUGUAACAUGAACGCAUUAUUUAUAACUUAACGUAGGCGACUAAUUGUUUUUGCAGGACAUUGGUUAGCUGGCUUUGGCCACCAUUGCGUAGAUUUUGGGUCCAUGCUGCUACUGUAUGUAAAUGAGAGAUUUUAUGAAUGUCUUUGUUUGAGCACCAAUGAAUAAACACAAAGUUAAAGGUU